AUGCAAUCCAUCAGUACACGAAAUCAGUUAAAAGUGGAAAUAGUAAUAUUAAGGAUAGUAUAGAUGAAAUAAAUAAAUGUUUGAGAAAACAAACAGCAACUAGUGUUAUUGCUGAUAGAGAUUACUUCAACUGUAUUCAGUUCACGAAGCCCCAAAUUACCAUUAAUGAGUUGAAUAUUUGGGGUGAAUCGUUUGAUUCAAAUACUUCAAAUUUCCUUUCCAUAGAAUCAAAUGUAUAUUUUGGAACUUCAGCUGCUUCACAUGCUAAAGUUGAAAAGAUAAUUAAAUUAUUUAAGGAAAAAAAAAAAGAAAUUGAUAAGGAGUUUGAAUCGCAACCUGCAUGGUUUAUAGGACUUGAUUUCCAUAAAAGUUCCUCUAUGCCACAUAUUUCUUGUUUGUCUACCACACCACUUGAUAUAUUAAUUUUGAAAAAGCUUGAAAGAUUAUUUGAUAAUGAGUUUGAAAUCGUGAGUCAUGUGAUAGCUCCUACAAACGAUGAAGACAUAAUCUCAUCCGGAGUAAAAGCAAAAGCUGUAGGUGAAAAAGGUGAAAAUUUAUUAAAUGUCUUCCAAGAUUUUAAUAUUUCAGCUUAUAUCCAUGCAAAGGUUGAUCCUCUUCCUAAUAAAAGAAGUAGUUUAAAAUUUUCUAUAGAUGUGAAUGAUUGCAGAAUGGGGCCAAUGCUUAGUGAUAAGUGGCGAUCACUUUGUAAAUUAGGUUAUGGUUAUUUUCUUGACUCUGUUGAAAUUUGGGUCAUUCCAAUUGAAGAUGAAUCCAUGCCUAACAAACUCUUAUAUGAAUUGAAAGAAGGUCCUUGGCCACAACAAUUUAAUACUGACGUUGAUAUUUCUAAAGUUAAUGAAUAUAAUAAUAAUAUCAGUGCAUCAAUUAAUAAAGAUCCCGGGGUUACAUUAAGCCACACUAGAAAAAAUGGACAAGAAAUUAAGUUUGCAACAAAGGAAUGGGCAUUGACAGUUGAUGGCAGUUGUAGUACUGGAUUGGGUUGGAUAUACCAAUACACUGCUGAAGACCUUAAUCGUAGAAGGAAUUUUGCCCCUGGAAAACAUUCCUGUUACUGGGAAACCUUAAAAUCAAUGAGUGGAUUUCAAAUUACUAUUAAGCAGGUGAUAUGCUGCAAAAUUACUGAUGGUUGGCGAAAGUUAAAACCAUAUACAAAAUCAAAAUUGAUGCAACUAUGUCCCAAGAUGUCUCAUACUAUUAAAAUGACUUUUAAUAAUCUUAAAACCUUUAAUGAAGAUUUUGAAAAUCUUAUGAAAUCUAAAGAAUCUCAUGAAGAUCUUAUUAAUGUUGCUUUAAAAAAAAAAUCACCACCAAAAGUAGAUCCAAAUGUAAGAAAUGUUAACUUUGAGCGCUCAGUCAAAGUAAUGACUCAAAUUACCAAUCCAGAUUCAAUCCAGUAA